AUGAUCUAUGUCAGAGGAAACAAAGAAGAUUACAAUGGAUGGGCUAGGGCAGGGAAUGAAGGAUGGGACUAUGAGAGCGUGCUUAAAUACUUCAAAAAGAGUGAAAACAUUGAAGCGGAAGAAGUUUUAAGACACAAUAACUACAAACAUUUUCAUGGUGAAGGUGGAUAUUUGACUGUUGGAUCUUUUAUUGACGAUUAUGUAAAAGAUUUGGUCAACGCACACACGAAAGGUAUGGAAGAACUAGGAUACAAAGCAAAUUACGACUAUAACGGUGAAUCACAAACAGGGUUUGCCAAGCUACAAGGAACGAUUGUUGGAAGUAGAAGAUGUAGUACAGCCAAAGCGUUCCUAAAAGAAUUCACAACCCGUAAAAACCUCUUAGUCUCUAGAUACUCACUGGCAACUAAGAUUUUGAUUGAGAAAGAUUUUAAGACAGCACAGGGAGUAAAAUUUUUGAAUUAUAAUAACGAAGAGAUAACUGUUAAAGCGAAGAAGGAAGUAAUUAUUUCUGCCGGAGCAAUAAAUUCACCACAGCUUCUCAUGCUCUCAGGAAUUGGGCCAAAACAACAUCUGGAGGAGUUAGGAAUUGAUGUGAUUGAAGAUUUGCCAGUCGGGCAUAACCUACAAGAUCACAUGUUGAUGACUGGAUUGCUCUUUUCAUACAAUUUUUCAAGGCCUCUUAAAACAUUGACAGACCGUAUGUAUGAAUUAAUGUCACCUUCUACGAGUCAACUAUCAAGUACAGGUAUGCUGAGCUAUUCUGGUUUCAUAAAUACUGUUGAUGCUGUUUCUGAUAUUCCUGACAUUCAAACCCACCACUACGAUAUUGAUGUAAACGACACUUCGUUACUCACAAGUGCUUUGGCAGGGUUUGGUAUACGAGAUGAAAUUAUUAAAUCAUUCCUGGAUAUAAAUUCCAAAAGAUUUGUAACACCAGUAAUGCCAACAUUAUUGAAGCCUCAUAGCAGAGGUCGGAUACUGUUGAGAUCUACAAAUCCAAAAGACAAGGUUAAAAUUUUGACUGGCUAUUUGACUGAUGAACAUGAUGUAGAAACGCUUUUACGAGCCACUGAAUUUCUAUCAAAGCUAGCGGCAACCAAAGCUAUGGAAUCUUUGGACACCAAGUUUCAUGAAAUCGUUGCUCCUGCUUGCUCCAAGUAUGUGGUGUCUUCAAGAGACUUCAGGAUUUUUUCUCUUAAACACUUUGUGACGACAUGCUACCACCCAACCUCCACCUGCAAGAUGGGACCUGCUGAUGAUCCUACGUCCGUGGUCAACCCUCAAUUGCAGGUGAAGGAGGUGAGACACCUCAGAGUUGCUGAUGCUUCUAUAAUGCCAGACAUUGUGAGAGGCAACACCAACGCUCCUUCCAUCAUGAUUGGAGAGAAGGCUGCCGAUCUUGUUAAACAAAUGUGGUCGUGAUUCAAUUUAAGUAUUGAAGGUUUUCUUGAUACUAAAGAAGCAGAUUCAAGUAUACAACUCAACAAAUAUAUAGACUUGUCUUGUAUGUAAUCAAACUUUUUUUAGUACUAAAAGAGUUAAGUGACUAUGAUGUUACAAAUUAUACAAGGAAAAUAAUUUAUAUACAGUAGCCUAUUUGAAUCCAUUAGACAUUAACAAAGAAUUUGACAUAUCUUGUAUAUUAAAAGAAAACGUUAUUUUUAGAUGUAUUUUAGCUUCAUUGAAAUAAUCCAAAAGUUGUAUGGUUUGCUAAAUUAAAAACUAAGGGAAAGUUUUA